GUCGAGUUAGGCGAGGCCGGGUUCAUCUAUGGCGUCGAUGAAAUGGCGCAGCGGCGCAGAUCCACCCCCUCUCUAUCUGGCAUGGUUCUGGUCAGCGAGUGCGCCUAUGCCAAUGGCACCGUAUUUCAACUCUCCAAGCGCGUCUAUCAAGACUACGGCCUUGCCAAAGCCGCCCUAUUGUCAUCCCGAGAUAACGCCAAGUUUGACGAGUUCGCCAAGCGAGACGGCGUACCCGUCGCGACCAGGACGGUCUUCGAUGGUCUACCAGCUAAACGCGCCGUUUACAUAGAGCACCGUGGAGGACCCGACCGAUCCCGCCCUGUCGACUGCAAUCGCUUCCACUUUUACGACAAUUGUUGCCACCUCCCGCGCACCCCCGACCAGCGCACUGCCCAUUAGCAACUCUACCAGAGCAUCAUAAUGAUUAUAUGGGACCCCCUUAUGGCGAUUAGUUGUGGACUCUUUCUUCGAUAUUGAGGAUGCCGAAUUGUUAGUUAGGAGGGGAUGAUUGGGAUGGUGUCGGUCCUAUAUGUUUGGUAAUUGCGCGGGCAAGACAUACGAGAAUACGUGCAAAUAUUGAAGAGCAAGUGGAUCCAUCUGUUGAUAUAUACGGGUAGUAUUAGCUUUAACUUUCUUACAAUUGUAUGGUAGAAGGUUAGGGCGGAUAUCUCAGCUAGUUUCAUAAUGGGUCUAUUAGUACACCUGUCAUAGGGCUAGAGCCAUCGCGGGGUAGUGUAGCCAGGGGUUUGUCGCACGAGUUAGAGCUGCAGAUAGAAGGUUCUUCAAUACAU